AUGGCCGAGCGAGUGCAGCAGCCCCCGGCCAAGCGGCUGUGCUGCCGGCCCGGCUACCACCCGGCGUGCCGGCAGGGCCAGCGGGCUGGAGGAGUCCUGUGUGGCGGCGGCGGCGGCGGGUCCGCUCCGGGAGGCUCGGGCACCGGGAGAACGCACCACCCCGAGUCGCUGCUCGACAUCGCGGCUCGCAGGGUGGCGGAGAAGUGGCCCUUCCAGCGGGUGGAGGAGCGGUUCGAGCGGAUCCCGGAGCCCGUCCAGCGGAGGAUCGUGUACUGGUCGUUUCCCCGGAGCGAGAAGGAGAUCUGCAUGUACUCCUCGUUCAACGCCGGGGCAGAGGAGAGUGGAACUAGCGGGGAGACAAGCGACGAGAGCCAGCUGCCCUUCCUGCGGGGUGUCACUCUGCUGGAGGGCGGCUGGGUGGACAACGUAUUGCAAGUCGGUUUUCAUCUGAGCGGCACAGUGACGGACCCCGCCACACCCUCUACCCCGGAGCUCGUGUGCAGCGUGAGCGUCAGCUUUGACCGCUGCAAGAUCACGGCCGUAACAUGCACCUGCGGCAACAAAGACAUCUUCUACUGUGCCCAUGUAGUGGCACUUUCGCUUUACAGAGUACGGAAGCCCGAGCAGGUCAAACUGCACCUGCCUAUCUCAGAGACAUUGUUUCAGAUGAGCAGAGACCAGCUACAGAAGUUCGUCCAGUACCUGAUCUCGGUCCACCACACGGAGGUGCUGCCCACGGCACAGAAACUGGCCGACGAGAUUCUGUCACAGAACUCGGAGAUCAACCAGGUUCAUGGGGCCCCGGACCCCACAGCGGGAGCCAGUGUGGACGAUGAGAACUGCUGGCACCUGGACGAGGAGCAGGUUCAGGAGCAAGUCAAGCUUUUCCUUUCCCAGGGAGGAUACCACGGCUCCGGCAAGCAGCUCAACCUGCUCUUCAGCAAGGUGAGGGAGAUGCUGAAGAUGCGUGACUCCAACGGAGCGAGGAUGUUAACACUGAUCACAGAACAGUUCAUGGCCGACCCUCGGCUGGCACUGUGGAGACAGCAGGGCACCACCAUGACCGACAAGUACAGACAGCUCUGGGAUGAGCUUGGUGCCCUGUGGAUGUGCAUCGUACUGAACCCCCACUGUAAACCGGAGCAGAAGUCAUCGUGGCUGCGCCAGCUGCGCAGAUGGAACAGCGUGGACGUCUGCCCCUGGGAGGAUGGUAACCAUGGCAACGAGCUGCCCAACCUCACCCACUCACUGCCUCAGGGUGCCCAUGGCAACCAAGAGAUGCGGCCCCACAGGACGGUGUUCACUCGGGCCAUCGAGGCCUGUGACCUGCACUGGCAGGACCGACACCUUCAGCACAUUAUCGCCAGUGACCUCUAUGCCAACUACUGUUACCAUGACAACCAGGAGGGUUCCCUCUUCGACUCUCGUGGCUGGCCCCUGUGGCAUGAACAUGUCCCAACCGCCUGUGCCAGAGUGGAUGCUCUGCGUUCACAUGGUUACCCAAGAGAAGCCCUCCGAUUGGCUAUCGCCGUGGUGAACACGUUACGACGGCAACAGCAGAGGCAGCUGGAGCACUUCCGUCGGCACAAGAAAGAGAUCCUCCAUAAAGGCCACACCUCCGUAACAAACAUGGAGGGCUGGGUGGGGCACCCCCUGGAUCCCAUCGGUACCCUGUUCAGCACCCUGACGGAGUCGGGACGGGCAGGAGAGGAGGGCUCCAACACCUGCUUAGACCUCUCAGACUGCUCCAGUGUUAUAAGUCGAGCAGAACUCCAGCGAAUGCCCGUGCAGCGAUUGCUGGGAGACGGUGAAUCGUACGUGGCUCUCGCAGUGGAGACGGCGCUGAUUGGCUUGGGCCAGCAGCGGGUGAUGCCUGACGGACUGUACGCCCAAGAAAAGGUCUGUCGCAACGAAGAGCAGCUAUUGGCCAAGCUGCAAGAAGUGGAACUGGACGAAACCCUGGUCAAAAUCUUCCGUAAACAGGCCGUCUUACUGCUGGAGGCUGGUCCGUACUCUGGCCUCGGAGAGAUCGUCCACAGAGAGAGCGUUCCCAUGCACACCUUCGCCCGUUAUCUCUUCACCUCUCUCCUACCUCAUGACGCUGAACUGGCGUACAAAAUUGCACUGAGAGCCAUGCGGUUGCCGGUGUUGGAGUCGUCGGCCUCGUCCGGUGACCUGUCUCGACCCCACCACAUCGUCUCGGUGGUGCCCAACCGCUACCCCCGCUGGUUCACCCUGAGCCACAUAGAGUCUCAGCAGUGUGAGCUGGCCUCCACCAUGCUCACCGCGGCCAAAGGUGACAGUCGCAGGCUGGAGACGGUCCUGGAGUCCAUCCAGAAAAACAUUCACUCCUCUUCUCACAUCUUCAAACUGGCACAGGACGCGUUCAAGAUCGCCACUCUGAUGGACAGCCUGCCUGACAUCACACUUCUCAAAGUCUCUCUGGAGCUGGGGCUGCAGGUGAUGAGAAUAACUCUGUCCACGUUAAACUGGAGGAGGAGAGAGAUGGUGCGCUGGUUAGUCACAUGUGCCACAGAAGUUGGUGUCUACGCGCUGGACAGCAUCAUGCAGAGCUGGUUCACCCUCUUCACCCCCACCGAGGCCACCAGUAUCGUGGCCACCACCGUCAUGUCCAACAGCACUAUCGUCCGCCUCCACCUGGACUGCCACCAGCAGGAGAACCUGGCCUCCUCCGCCCGCACCCUCGCCCUCCAGUGUGCGAUGAAGGACCCUCAGAACUGCGCCCUCUCUGCUCUGACACUCUGUGAAAAGGACCACAUUGCCUUCGAGACAGCUUACCAGAUUGUACUGGAUGCGGCGUCGACGGGGAUGAGCUACACGCAGCUGUUCACUAUUGCACGCUACAUGGAGCACCGCGGUUACCCGAUGCGGGCGUACAAGCUGGCGACGUUAGCCAUGGCUCAUCUGAACCUCAGUUACAACCAGGACACACACCCGGCCAUCAACGAUGUGCUGUGGGCCUGUGCCCUCAGCCACUCGCUGGGGAAAAACGAGCUUGCCGCAGUCAUCCCCCUGGUGGUCAAGAGUGUGAAGUGCGCCACCGUGCUCUCGGACAUAUUGCGGCGGUGCACACUGACCACGCCGGGGAUGGUGUCGGCGCUGCACAGCCGCAGGAACUCUGGGAAACUGAUGUCGCUGGACAAGGCGCCGCUCAGGCAGCUGCUGGAUGCAACCAUCGGGGCCUACAUCAACACCACGCACUCGCGCCUCACACACAUCAGCCCGCGCCACUACAGCGAGUUCAUCGAGUUCCUGGGGAAAGCCCGGGAGACUUUCAUGAUGGCGCACGACGGACACAUUCAGUUCACGCAGUUCAUAGACAACCUGAAACAGAUCUACAAGGGCAAAAAGAAACUAAUGAUGCUGGUGAGGGAGCGGUUCGGCUGAGGGUGUGGCCGGG